AUGAGAUCGCGAGUGUCACUGAUCCCGAAGCUAAUGACGCAGAUGUGGGAGCAGAUGGAAAGGCCGCAUCGGCUGUUCGAUCAACACUUUGGUCAGCACUUCAUGAUGCACCCCGAGUCGUUUUUCACGCCCCUCGAGCGUAAGAUUUUCCGGGAGAUGCAGAGUCCGUUGCAUUCACGAGCUUUGGCCGACUUUUAUCGUGACCAGGAGCAAUAUCAACGAGGCCAGUCGGUGAUCAAAGACGAUAAGGACAAAUUUUCAGUGCAGAUAGAUACCAGUCAAUUUUCUCCGGAUGAAGUAAACGUUCGUGUUGUCGACGACCAGAUCAUUGUUGAAGGUAAACACGAGGAAAAACAAGAUGAUCAUGGAAGAAUCUAUAGACACUUCAUCAGGAAAUACACGGUACCAGAAAUCUGUGAAACAGAAAAAGCCACAAGUACUCUCUCAGAAGAUGGUAUACUCUCUAUCACUAUCCCACGAAAGCCCGAGUCGAUCGAACAAAAGCGCGAAAAAGUUAUAAAGAUCGAAAAAACUGGAAAACUUGCCAUUGAAAAGAAAAAGGAAGAACCCACAGAAGAAACCCAGCAGAUGGAAAACACAAAGGUUGCUCAUAGUCAAUGAACAUCUACCCCGUUUGUUCCCGGAUAAGACUGGUUUUCUCCUCAUUCUCUUGAUACUUUUGUAUAUUUAACAAUUUCAUGUUUGUUAAU